CCCUUGGCAACAAUGACUUUGUGAUCCGACAAAGAAGCGCAGUGAAGAGGAAGUAGGGCCGCAGAUUACCAAACUAUGGCGCGCGAUCGACGGCGGAAUAAUGUUUGGGCUUGGGCGUUUAUGCUGAUUGGCGCAUUUCUGGUCGCCAGCACGAGAGCAGAAGAACACAAGAGCAAGAUCCCCUUGCCAAGCUACCAUUACGGGGCGAAAAUCCCCGUGGAGUGUUUAAAUCGGAGCAUUGAAACGGGAGAACAUAUCGAGAACGAGAAGAACGAACUACAAUAUGUUCCCUUCCCAACCUGCAACGAAACCGGCCGGCCGCUCGAACUGAAAUACGGCAUCGAAGAUGAACUCAACUGCACCAUCCCCGUCAUAUCCGACCCCUUCUUCCACCUCCUCGAAUUCUACAUCCACAGCGACGCGCCCCUCUCCUGCCGCAUUCCCGCCCGUCCCCCUCCCCACGUAACCGCCAGCCACGCGCCUCCCUACACACCGGAAUACGUUCCCCUCGUCUUCGCGCUCGCCGGGACACUCCAGCUCUCACACCUGCACAUCUCGACGCACAUGAACAUCCUGCUGCACUCGACACCCAAGCAUCACCUCCACAAGCACGACAGCGGAGUCAUCGACUCGGGCGCCGCGUACAGCAUCUCCCCUCUAUCACACACCACGGGACCCGCGGCGCUGACCAAGAAACUGGUCAUCGGGGAUCCGCUCCCGCUCUCGUUCUCGGUGCGCUGGUUCCCGACGCCGCAUCUGCCGACGGGGAAUGGGAAGAUUGAGUGGGCCGGCAUGGGAGGCCAUUUCUACGCGAGCACUUUCUUUUAUUGUCUGGUGAGCUUUGGCGCUGGGUGCACGGUCGCGGGCGUCUGGUUCUGGGGCGUCGUGCUCCCGAAGAGGAUUAAGGGCCGUGGGCUGGGUGGCGCCACGCCGUUGGGUUAUGGGGUGGGGAAUGGCUGGGGGAUGGGGAAGAGGGAUUGAAGUUGUGGCGAGGAGGAAAGAGAAAGGUGGGGAGAGGAGAGCGGAGAAGAGGGGAGGGAAG